AUGCUCAGGGCCCCCGAGCCGCGGCCCGGGAAGGCGGAGGCGGAGGCGGACGGCAGCAGCCCCGGGGCCGCGCCGCCGCCCCAGUCCAAGCCGCUCACCUCCUUCCUCAUCCAGGACAUCCUGCGGGACCCGCGGCCCCCGCGCCAGCCGGAUCCCAGGCGCGACCCAGAGCCGAAGUCCGGGGAAGGAGGAGGCCGCGCAGGGACGCCAAGGAACGAGCCGAGCUCCGGGCCCCGCGCCGAGCCCGGGGAGGCCGACAUGCCGGCCGAGACCGAGCCAGAUAGGCACUUUGGGACUUAUCUGUUGGACUGUGAAGACACUCCAGGCGCCUUACCAAGCCUUCCCCAGACCCCCAAGCAGCCGCAGAAGCGCUCCCGAGCCGCCUUCUCCCACACUCAGGUCAUCGAGUUAGAGAGGAAGUUCAGCCAUCAGAAGUACCUGUCAGCCCCCGAAAGGGCUCACCUGGCCAAGAACCUCAAGCUCACUGAGACCCAAGUGAAAAUAUGGUUCCAAAACAGACGCUAUAAGACGAAGCGAAAGCAGCUCACCUCGGACCUGGGAGACUUGGAGCAGCGCUCCUCCUUGCCGGCCCUGAAAGAGGAGGGCUUCUCCCGAGCCUCCCUGGUCUCUGUGUAUAACAGCUACCCCUAUUACCCCUACCUUUACUGCGUGGGCAGCUGGAGCCCAGCUUUUUGGUAAUGCCAGCUCAGACGACAACCACGUAUGAUCAAAAAUUGCCUUGUCCAGGGAGGUCUCUCUGGAAAGCAAAAGGGGCCGAAGUCAGGGAGCAAUAGGGAGCCAGAGGUGUGCAGACCAAAGCCAUUGGAGGUUUGCGUGGAAAUCCCAGUGUCCUCAUGGUGGGCCAAUGACAGAUCUGGGACGGUGAA